AUGUGCGGAGGUGCAGUUUUGGGGAUGAAAAUCAGGAGUUUUGUUUCUGUGUAUACUGAAUUUGUUAUGCUCACUAGACAUCAAAAUGGAGAUGCCAAACAGACAACCGGAGUCAAGGAAAUAAUUCUGGGACCUAUGAAUUUGGCAAUCAACAGCAGCGCAAUAGUUUUUAAGACAUGUGAUUUAAUAAGUGAAUCUCACUACCUCUCUGCCCUCUUCUCCAGGCAGUUCCUAGCCUCAGAUUACAGUGAGACAUACUACUCCACAAAAGGAGAGCAGAUCACCAAGCAUCCUCAGAUCAUGGAUCACUGUUUUUACCAAGGAUCCAUCAUACAUGAAUUUGAUUGUGCUGCCAAUAUCAGCACAUGUAACGGUCUGAGGGGGUUCUUCAGGGUGAGUGACCGAAGGUACCUCAUUGAACCAGUGAAAUAUUCAGAUGAAGGAGAACAUGUGGUGUUCAAGUAUAAACCCCAGAUGCAGCAACCUGCCGAUUAUUCCUGUACAGAGCUCAAUUUUACCAGGACAGCUGUUCCAAAUGACAAUACUAAAUCCAUGGAAGACUCCAAAAUGGAAAGUAUGGAAAAGGAAAAGUAUAUUGAACUGUUCAUUGUUGCUGAUGAUAACAUGUAUCGCAAGAAUAAUCACCCUAACAAACUGAGGAAUCGAGUUUGGGGAAUGGUCAAUUUUGUCAACAUGAUUUAUAAAACCUUGGACAUUCAAGUGACAUUAGUUGGCCUUGAAAUAUGGACGAAUGGAGACAAAAUAGGUAUAGAUUCUAAAAUAGAAACGACCUUAUUACGUUUUUCGGCUUGGCAAGAAAUAAUCCUUUAAAAGAGGAAGAAUUUUGAUCAUGUUAUGUUACUCAGUGGAAAGUGACUCUAAGCACAUGCACAAGGAACUUCCUAUUCAGGGGGUAUAUGCCUGCCCUAUUAUUCCUCCAGUGUCGUUAAGGUGGGCUGAUCUUUGACCUGUGACCUAAAUGCCAUUGCAAGCAGAAUGGCACAUCAGUUGGGGCAUGACCUUGGGAUGCGGCAUGAUGAUUACCCAUGUACCUGUACUUUGGGAAAAUGCGUGAUGGAUAGUGAUGGAAGCAUUCCUGCACUAAAAUUCAGUAAAUGCAGCAAAACCCAGCAAUAUCUCAAGGAUUACAAGCCAACGUGCAUGUUCAAUAUUCCAUUUUCUGAUAAGUUAAGUGAUUAUCCAUAUUGUGGAAACAAGAGGUUGGACGAUGGAGAAGAGUGUGAUUGUGGCCCUGUUCAGGAAUGCACUAAUCCUUGCCGUGAGGCACACAAAUGUAUGUUGAAGCCAGGAUUUAGUUGUGCAGAAGGAGAAUGCUGUGAAUCUCGACAGUUGAAAAAAGCAGCGUCUAUAUGCAGACCAGCAAAAGAUGAGUGUGAUUUUCCUGAGAUGUGUACUGGCCACUCUUCCGGGUGUCCUAAGGACCAAUUCCAAAUAAAUGGAUUUCCUUGCAAGAAUGCAAAAGGCUACUUCAUGGGGAAUUGUCCCACCCGGGAUGAUCAGUGCUCUGAAGUGUUUGAUAAAGAGGCAAAAGACAGUUCUGAUAUCUGCUACAAGAUGAAUAAAAUUGGAAAUAAAUUUGGAUACUGCAAACACACGAAACACGUAUUAAUUCCUUGUGAAGAAAAAGGUAUCAAAUGUGGAAAGAUAUUCUGCACAGGUGGGCAGCAUUCUUCUGUCCUUGGAGAAGAAAAGAUCUAUCACCUUAAGAAGGCUCUGAAGCAGAAUGCCACUGAAUGCAAAACUUUUUUUUUAUACCAUGAUUCUAAGGAUUUUGGCCUGGUUGCUCCUGGAACAAAAUGUGGAGAUGGACUGGUGUGCAGCAAUGGUGAAUGUGUGACUACUGCACAGGCCUACAAUUCAACCAACUGCUCCUCUCAGUGCAAUGAAAAUUCUGUGGAUGAUGGUGAACUUGAGUGCCAGUGUGAGGCAGUACAGGCAUCUGCGGAAUGGGAGGAAACCUUAAAUGUUACCAAUAUCUCCAUCCUGGUGGUUGGGCUCAUCCUGGUUAUUAUUGGUGUUGUGGUUGUCAUAGUAUUAAUUCGUUACAAAAAAUGUAUUAAGUUGAAGCAAGUUCAAAGCCCACCGAGAGAAACCCUAGGAGUGGAGAAUAAAGGAUACUUUGGUGAUGAGCAGCAGACAAGGACUGAGUCCAUCUUACCUGGUAUUCACCCCCUACAUGGUACUGGAAGAGAUUGGUCAGAAAAUGACACUGCAAAGCCACUGCAGCUCGGCGGGAAGCUUUCUCCAGACCAUCUACUGUUGCCUCAUCCCACGGCCGACUUGUUGCCUCUUGUGGGCCGUCUGCUGGCGCAGCUGCGCCCCUUUACCUACAAAGCGAUUGCGCAGGUGGGAGGGGCCAUUGCGCCUGCGCAGAGGGCUCCAGCAGCUGAUCAGCAUUUCUUUGCUGAUGAGCCGACCGGCAGCUUCACAGCGCAGUACUCUAUGCCCUUCCGAGCAGCUGUGGGCGGACGCUUGCGCAUGAGCAUCCAGACUCGUCGAGACUAG